AUGUUCAUUCAGCAGCGGCACGAAUGCGACAAUGAGGUCCGGUGCACCUCUAUGCCAGUCUCCUUUCCACGAGAUGUGUUGUACAAAGCGGCGAUCAGGGAGAGGCCGACAGCCUGGGCGUUGAGCGGAGAGACUAUUCUGCCGUCUUAUCUGCCAUACAUGGCGAUUUCACACGUCUGGUCGGACGGCACGGGGGCUGGAGCUUGGAAGGACGGCUCGGUCAACGAGUGUCUCUAUGAGCUUUUCGAAAACAUUGCAAGGAAGUUCCACUACGAUGGCAUCUGUACCAAAGCGAUAAGGAAGAUGCAGAACAACUACGAAAAUGCCCGCAUCACCCUUGUCCAUGAUUGUUUCCUGCGGAAUUGGCUGUGGGACCUGCGUACCGCGUGCUUUGGAACCAUCAUGUCGCCUUGGUUCGGUCGAGGUUGGACGGCGCUCGAAUUAAUGAAGUCCCGGAAGGUUAAGAUUAUCUUCAGAGGACGCUGGGGCCCUGUCAUCAAGGAUCUACAUGAAGAGAUCCUCGCUAAGGUGGAUGAGUCCGAUUGCGCGCUUAGAGAGGCCUCAUUGCUGAUUCAGAAUCUCCGGGGAAAUAUUACCACAUUAAACGACCUAUUAACCGUGCUGAGUUCCCGCUAUACGUCUUGGCCAAAGGACGUGGCGGUCAUCUCAGCUUGGCUAGUGGGUGUUCCUGUACAAGAGCGACAGCAAGAGAUAUUCAAAAGUAUUGUGCGAAAGCUCGGGAGGAUCGCCCCUGGACAUCUCUUUCACAGCGCAAUCACCAUGUCGACUACGUUUACCUGGUGCCCGGCCAAGUUUUCCGGUCUCCCGUUGGACCCCGCCGAGCCCUUGUUGACUAUCUGCGAGAACGGCCAUGUCCAAGGAUGGUGGCGGUACCCAUCCACUGAUCCGGCGACAGCUUCAACAUGCCCUAUUGGACACCCAGCAGUGCCUUUUCCUGGCUUAGUACAGGUCCAGUUCCAUCAGAAGAGCCUUAUUAUUCCAAAGACAAAAGAGGUUGGCUGCUAUCAAUACAUUGGAGCCGUAUAUUUCCAUUCGGAAUGGAGCAAAGACUACCAGCAGGUGGAAGAUAUCGUCACAAUCUCGAGUUUCCAGGAUGAAACGGAGUCGCAUCUGCGCGCCACACAGAAAGAGACAGAUGAUAGCCAUGGUAUAGAACUGUUGACUCAGGCUCACGCCUCGAAUUCGCAGCUCAGUAGAGCUGAUCGUGCCGAAAUGUUCCAGCGAGCAAUCUGGGCGGGCGACUAUCAGGCAUUCCUCAACUACCUGGAAGAGGAUAUUCUUGAGGUACCAGAUAAACUCGGGCGACGACCAUUACACCUCGCUGCAGAACGGGGGCACAGGAAGAUCGUCCACAACCUGCUCUACUGUGGAAUUGAUCACAGUGGUCAGUGCGAUCAAGGGCAGACAGCAUUGCAUUACGCCGCAUGGGGAGGCUCAGUGUUGGUGAUACAGAUGUUGAAGGACCGAAUCGGGCAAACCACCAAGAAUAAGGAGGGGAAUACAGCUUUGCACAUGGCAGCACAGAUAGGGUUUGCACUUAUUGUGGAAGCGCUCAGGAAUCAAUAUCUUGUAGACAUGAAAGGCAACAACGGUCUUGCACCUCUGCAUUUCGCGGCCAUCAACGGACAUUUUACCGUGGUUGAAAUGUUGACCGGGGUGAAUGUCGAUGCUAGGGGUGACAUUUUCGGCUGGACGCCACUGCACUGUGCCAUCGACAACGGUAACCAAGAUAUCGUGACAUUGCUCAUCCAUUGCGGUGCAAAAAUCGAUGCCAGAGAUACCAGAAUCCUGCGGGUGGCGGGUGCUAACAUGGUGGCUAAUGACAAUUUCAACUGGACCCCAUUCACCUUUGCAGAAACCAACAGCCAUUCCCAGGCAAUAGAGCUCCUUCACGCCAAAUAUAGCCCCAAGGUCACCGGGAAGGCAAAAUUCUGGACACCCCUGCACUGCAAAGCCGUCAAUCAGGAACGACGGCUGUCGAAGCUCUUGAUUGGGAGCAUCGGCCACGAUUAUGUGCAGUCAACACGCAAAAGAUGGAUACCGUUACAGUUUGCAGUGGAGCACAAUCUGGAACACACCGCUCGGUGGCUCCUGGAUGCGAGCUCGAGCUCCGAUUGGCCGAUCGAAUAUGACGAUCAUACAUACAUUGAUUGGGAUGUUUAUCCAGGAAGCAAAGAUGAAGAAUCCUUGGACUCUGACUCGUCCUCAAAAUUCGUCCCGUCCUCGGGCUCGGACGCGGACAUCGAUGAUACUGCUCUCCGGGUCCGUGGCGCUCAGCCCAACAGACCCUGGACCCCCAUGCACUGGGCUGCCCAAAAAUACUAUCCCGUUGUGUUGCGCAUUCUACUCGAGAAGAACGCGGUCGUCAACGCCGACGGACCAGAUUCCUGGACACCUCUACAUUUCUCUGUCUAUUUCGGACACGUAACGGCCUCCCGGCUGUCACUCGAUGCUGGGGCUCACAUAAACCCGAAAGUCAGGUCCGGAGCAACCCCUCUGAUCAUGGCGGCUGUGAGAGGGCACAAAGUGGUGGUGCGGAUGCUGCUAGAAGCCGGCGCUCGGUACGACGAGAGGGACCGAAGAAAGCAAACGCCACUCUUCUUCGCUGUCAAGCGCAGGCGCACGGCGGUGGUGGAGCUUCUACUCGAAGCCGGAGCCAGUGUCGAUAUGAGAGACCACCAGGGGCAAUCCCCGCUUGCCCAUGCCUGCGAGGAAGGGUUCGUCCACAUCGUCGAGCUCCUACUUAAAGCGAAGGCAAAUAUGGAGUUUGCAAGCGUCGAAGACGAAUUUCACUUGCCUUCUAUCUCUGUCGCUGCUCGCUACGGGUUUAAAAAGAUUGUGCGACUGCUCAUUAAUGCCGGUGCUAACGUCGACUCGCGUGACAAGAUCUGGCGUACACCGCUUAUGCAUGCUGCCGUGUUUGGACAUGCGGAAAUUGUGCAGCUUCUCCUUGAAGCUGGCGCAAAGAAAGACCUUCAAGCCACCUCAGGUCGCAAAGCGAUACACUGGGCUGCCAGUCCUCACGGUGGCUCAUAUUAUCACGAUAACAUUCUUGGAGAUGACGAAGAGAUGGACAUGGUCUUUGAUAAUUAUAUGAACUUUGCCAAAUCGGAAUACGAAUCCGAAGAAGAGUGCGAAGAAGAGUCCAAAGAGGUGUCCAAAGAGGAGUCUAAAGACGAAGAGGAUUCAAUUCCUCCCUCCGUAUGGGCAAGCCUCGAGCCAGUCGUGCGACUCCUUCUCGAUGACGGCGAACCGGUGGAAAGCAAAGGCCACAAGGAGUCAAGCCCCCUGUUCCUCGCUGCUCUGGCGGGCCACAAAGAAAUGGUGCCACUUCUUCUCGACCGCGGCGCCAAUGUUAAUUCCAGGAACAGGCGUGGUUCAACCCCACUGAUGGCAGCUGCUAUAUCCGGCAACGAGGAAGUCACGAAGCUUUUGAUUAAAGGUGGCGCCCGCGAUAACAUGAAAAAUUUGUGGGGACAUACAGCGCUUGAUAUCUCUAGACAUAUAGAAGACGGCUCGAUCGACGAUUACGAGGUCUUCUCACGGCGGCCCAGGGUACGAAAAAAGGUCGGCAUGGCCGGUACGGCCGAGGAGCCUUCUGAGGAGUCCUCCUGA